AUGGAUAUACCGUUAAAUGAGCUCCACCAAGCAGUACCGUUGACUUGGAGCUACAAUGAUUCCCGUACUACUACUGACCCAAAAACAACACUCAUUGUUCAGAAAUCAAUACAAUUACAUUAAACUCUAUAUUAACAUUAUGUACUUAUACUUAAUGUAUUAAUGUAUUAAUAAUUUUGAAUCUUUGAAUAAGUUUCGAAAAGUCCUAAAUAUUUAUUCAAGAAUCGGUAUGUGUUAAUGUAGAAAUAUGUAAAGUUAAACGAAUUAUUGUUUCAGGUAAAUAUGUGAACAUGUGGUACAUUAACACUAUAACGAAUGGGUAUUUUCACCAAUGGUCGACAAGUUCUGUUAAGAAUUUAUAAACGUAAAUCACAUGACGCUGCGUAACGUCACUGGUCGCUAAUUACUGAAAAUUGCCUAAUGUCACUGGUUGUUAAUCGCUGAUGCUGCAUUAACGUUACCAGAUUUUAUGGUGUUAAAGAAAGGGUUAUUUAUCGUCGAGCCGUCCAAAAAUUAUUUAUUCCUUUGAACCUUCUCGAUUCUCGGAAAAUAUUAUUAUUUUGAUUAACUAAAUUUCAAAUUACUAAAUUUUUAAAUUUUAAAAAUAUGUUUCAGUGGCGGAAAAAUCGUAUCAUAAACUUUGGUAAAAUGAAACUCUGAUCUAUCUUUUUGUUCAAUUGCACACACGCGUUCUAACCAUCGAAUUACAGGAGAAAGUGACUAGUUUAAAUUACAAUGGUUCCGUAGAUAUUACAGUUACACACCGAGUACGUAUAUCGAAUUAAAUUGAUCUAUUUAUUGAUCAAUUGUCAAAUAUUAAACUAAAUAUUAAACUAAACUUAAACAAAGCUUUUUUAACUUUGUAGAUAAAAAAAUAAAAUUACUGCAAUUAAGAUCCGGACUUCUGAAAUUUUCUCACGUUUCUCAAGCAGACACUUACAAGGAAGUUCUCUUGACUUUUUCUCAAAAGAUCAUGCUCGACGACACUAGAAUACGGAUUAUGCAACAGGUUACGCGGUUCAUCGACAGCGAAACAAUCUGUGAGCAAUCGAGAUCAUUGACCUUUAUAAUUACAUUGAGAAACGAAAUUGUUGCUUCUCUAUAUCCAGAAAGAAAAUUUAUUAAGUAAUGCACGUGAAAGAGAAUAAGAUCUAUUUGUUAGGCUGUUACCAUAACGCGUUUCAUCGAGUGCAUGCAUUCGU